CAUUCAACAGAUGAACCCUCCCAAAUUUGACAUGAUAGAGGACAUGGCUAUGCUCACCCACCUGAAUGAAGCUUCGGUGCUCUCUAAUCUGCAGAGGCGAUACAGCAGUUGGAUGAUCUAUGUCGGUACCAUCACACCACAGCUCAAAGCAAAGAAAAGAUCUGCCCUUUCUCACUAAUCUUUGAUGCCACAAAUAACCUGACCUGAGCAUUAAACAUAGAGGACUGGCACUAUUCAUAGUACCUUACAGUCACAGUAAUGAAUUUAUCACUUGCCUUUGCCAAGAGACAAAUACAAGUGAAUUCCCAAGAGGCGUGUCCAUUAUAACUUUCACUGUCAAAUGACAUCCCUAUAAUGUCAUCACAGAGAGGUUAUUGAUUCUUGAAGAGGUUACGUGAAUUUAUUAUACAACCUUGAUAUAUUUGUAAAUGAUUGACAUCAAAAUUCUGUCACUUUAUCUUGGAUUUCACAGGCCCUGCUUGUCAUAUUACAAAAGGCUGUUACAUUUUAAUACUUUAUAAGUGUUAUUUGUCCUUAAUUGAUUCCUGAGAUUAAUCCAGCUGUUUAUUUUCUCUUACUCUCAUGGCAGACUUACUCUGGGCUGUUCUGUGUAACGGUGAAUCCAUAUAAAUGGCUCCCCGUCUACACGGCCCCUGUGGUGGCCGCCUACAAAGGCAAACGCCGGUCUGAGGUUCCACCUCAUAUCUAUUCGAUUGCCGACAAUGCCUACAAUGACAUGCUGAUGAAUCGUGAGAAUCAGUCCAUGCUAAUCACGGUCCUGCCACUAAAGCAAAGGGUACUUUAGAGGACCAAAUCAUUGAAGCUAAUCCAGCAAUGGAGGCUUUUGGGAAUGCCAAAACACUGAGGAAUGACAACUCAUCCCGUUUUGGAAAGUUCAUCCGAAUCCAUUUUGGACCAACAGGGAAACUGGCUUCGGCUGAUAUUGACAUCUAUCUCUUGGAAAAAUCCAGAGUGAUAUUUCAGCAACCCGGAGAGCGUAGCUACCACAUUUACUACCAGAUCAUGUCGCAGAAGAAACCUGAACUUCUUGACAUGCUCCUGGUCUCUUCAAAUCCUUAUGACUACCACUUCUGCUCCCAAGGAGUGACAACAGUGGAGACCAUGGACGAUGGGCAGGAGCUUGUGGCUACUGAUCAUGCAAUGGACAUCCUAGGCUUUAUUCCAGAAGAAAAGUAUGGCUGCUAUAAAAUAGUAGGUGCCAUCAUGCACUUUGGGAACAUGAAGUUUAAGCAGAAACAGCGUGAGGAGCAAGCGGAGGCUGACGGCACUGAAAGUGCUGAUAAGGCUUCCUUUCUGAUGGGUGUUAGCUCAGCUGACCUCAUAAAAGGUCUUUUACACCCUAGGGUCAAGGUGGGCAAUGAGUAUGUUGUUAAAGGACAGAAUGUUGAACAGGUUAACUAUGCAGUGGGAGCUUUGGCCAAAGCCACUUACGACCGCAUGUUCAAGUGGUUGGUGGGGCGUAUAAAUAAAACGCUCUACACCUCUUUGCCACGCCAGUUCUUUAUCGGGGUCCUGGACAUCGCCGGCUUCGAGAUAUUCGAGCUCAACAGCUUCGAGCAGCUCUGCAUCAACUUCACUAAUGAGAAACUGCAACAGUUUUUCAACCACCACAUGUUCAUUCUGGAGCAGGAGGAAUACAAAAGAGAAGGGAUAGAGUGGACCUUCAUUGACUUUGGCCUUGACCUUCAAGCCUGCAUUGACCUCAUAGAGAAACCUUUAGGAAUUAUGUCCAUCCUUGAAGAGGAGUGCAUGUUCCCUAAAGCCACCGACAGCAGCUUCAAGGCGAAGCUGUUUGAUAACCACAUUGGCAAGUCCGCCAAUUUCCAAAAACCAAGGCCUGACAAAAAGAGAAAAUAUGAGGCUCAUUUUGAGCUGGUGCACUAUGCAGGAGUGGUGCCAUACAAUAUUUAUGGCUGGCUAGACAAAAACAAGGACCCUCUGAAUGAAACGGUGGUGAUUUGUUUCCAGAAAUCAUCCAAUAAGCUUCUGGCGAGUCUGUAUGAGAAUUACACCAUGUCUGAUGGCUCUGACACAAAGACAGGAGCCAAAGAAAAGAGGAGAAAGGGGGCUUCCUUCCAGACAGUGUCACAGCUACACAAGGAGAACCUGAACAAACUGAUGACUAACCUGCGAAGCACUCAGCCCCAUUUUGUGCGCUGCAUCAUCCCCAAUGAGACCAAGACUCCAGGGGUCAUGGAUGCUUUCCUAGUGCUGCAUCAGCUCCGUUGCAAUGGAGUACUGGAGGGCAUUCGGAUUUGCAGGAAGGGAUUUCCAAACAGAAUCAUCUAUGCUGAUUUCAAACAACGGUAUCGCAUUUUGAACCCUCACGCAAUCCCUGACGAUACAUUUGUGGACAGCAGAAAGGCCGCCGAGAAGCUGUUAGCUUCACUGGAUCUUGAUUAUAAUCAGUAUAAAUUUGGACACACUAAGGUGUUCUUCAAGGCUGGUCUGCUUGGACACCUGGAGGAGUUGAGGGACCAGCGUCUGGCUAAAAUCCUCACGCUGCUACAAGCCGCCAGCCGUGGCAAGAUCAUGAGGAUGGAGCUACAAAAGAUGACAGAGAGGAAGAAUGCACUGAUGAUCAUUCAGUGGAAUAUUCGGGCUUUCAACUUUGUAAAGAACUGGCUAUGGAUGAAGCUGUUCUUUAAAAUCAAACCGCUGCUGAGAAGUGCGGCCUCGGAGAAAGAGCUGGCCGCUCUGAAAGAGGAGUUCCUGAAGCUAAAAGAGGCUUUUGAGAAAUCAGAGUCCAAACGUAAGGAGCUGGAGGAGAAACAGGUCAGCCUGAUCCAAGAGAAGAAUGACCUUUCCCUGCAGCUUCAGGCCGAGCAAGAUAACCUUGCAGAUGCAGAGGAACGAUGUGACCUCCUUAUCAAGACCAAGAUCCAGCUAGAGGCCAAAGUGAAAGAGAUGAGUGAACGUCUGGAAGAUGAGGAAGAGAUGAACGCCACCAUUCUUGCAAAGAAACGCAAGCUGGAGGAUGAGUGUACAGAACUUAAGAAAGACAUUGAUGACUUGGAGAUAACCUUAGCCAAGGUGGAGAAGGAAAAGCAUGCCACUGAGAACAAGGUGAAGAAUCUGAUUGAAGAAAUGGCAGCUUUGGAUGAAGCAAUCCUAAAGCUUACCAAAGAGAAGAAAGCCUUGCAGGAGAGUCACCAGCAGGCUUUGGAUGACUUGCAGACUGAAGAAGACAAGGUCAACACUCUCUCUAAGGCCAAGGCUAAGUUGGAGCAACAAGUAGAUGAUCUGGAGGGGUCUUUGGAGCAGGAAAAGAAAUUGCGAAUGGAUCUGGAACGGGUGAGACGCAAACUAGAGGGGGAUCUUAAACUGGCUAUGGAAUCUCUCAUGGACUUGGAAAAUGACAAACAGCAAUUAGAUGAAAAGCUUAAAAAGAAAGAUUUUGAAAUGAACCAGAUCAGUGCAAAGAUCGAAGAUGAGCAAGCCUUAAUAAUUCAACUUCAAAAGAGGAUCAAGGAACUGCAGGCUCGUAUCGAGGAACUUGAGGAGGAACUGGAGGCAGAACGUUCCACCCGAGCCAAAAUGGAGAAACAGCGAUGUGAUGCAGCCAAAGAGCUGGAAGACAUCAGCGAGCGUCUGGAGGAAGCAGGAGGUGCCACCUCUGUCCAGAUAGAGAUGAACAAGAAGCGCGAGGCGGACUUUCUAAAGCUCCGUCGUGACCUGGAGGAGACCAUGCUUCACCACGAGGCCAUGACUGCCGCGCUGCGCAAGAAGCAAGCUGACAGCGUGGCCGAACUGAGUGAGCAAAUUGACAGCCUCCAGCGUGUCAAACAGAAGCUGGAGAAGGAAAGAAGCGAGGCCAAGAUGGAAGCUGAUGACCUCACCUCCAAUUUAGAGCAGCUGGCAAAAAGCAAGGCCAACACAGAGAAAAUGUGCCGCAUGUAUGAGGACCAGCUGAGUGAGUCCAAAGCUAAAGCAGAAGAACUUCAAAGGCAGCUCAGUGACACAAACACACAGCGAGCCCGUGCUCAGGCUGAAAGCGCUGAGCUGGGCAGAAAGCUUGAGGAGCGAGAUUCUCUGGUAUCCCAACUUCAGCGUACAAAGAACACACUCACCCAGAACAUUGAGGAGCUGAAGAGACAGUUGGAUGAAGAAAGCAAGGCAAAGAAUGGCCUGGCUCAUGCCUUUCAGUCCUCUCGACAUGACUGUGAUCUACUAAGAGAGCAGUAUGAUGAAGAGCAAGAGAACAAAUCCGAGCUGCAGCGUGCCCUGUCCAAGGCAAAUGUGGAGGUUGCCCAGUGGAGGACCAAGUAUGAGACGGAUGCCAUCCAGAAGACAGAAGAACUCGAGGAAGCAAAGAAGAAGUUGGCCGUUCGCCUCCAAGAGGCUGAGGAACACGUCGAGGCAUCGAAUGCCAAGUGCUCCUCUCUUGAAAAGACCAAACAUAGGCUGCAGGCAGAGAUCGAGGACCUGAUGGUGGAUCUGGAGCGAUCGAAUGCUGCCGCAGCUGCCUUGGAUAAGAAGCAGCGUCAAUUUGAUAAGAUUCUUGCAGAAUGGAGGCAGAAAUACGAGGAGUGUCAGUCCGAGCUGGAGGCUUCACAGAAAGAGUCUCGCAAUUUGAGCACCGAGCUCUUUAAACUCAAGAACUCUUAUGAGGAGGCUCUGGAUCACCUGGAGACCAUCAAGAGGGAGAAUAAAAAUCUUCAGGAGGAAAUUUCUGACCUGACUGACCAAAUCAGUCAGGGUGGGAAGACCAUUCAUGAACUUGAGAAGAUCAAGAAGAGCUUGGAUAUAGAGAAGAGUGAGAUUCAAGCAGCACUAGAAGAGGCUGAAGGCACCCUUGAGCACGAGGAGAGUAAGACUCUUCGUAUACAGCUGGAGCUCAACCAGAUCAAAGCAGACAUUGAUAGGAAGCUGGCUGAGAAAGACGAGGAAAUUGACAAUCUCCGGCGUAACCAUCAGCGUGCCAUUGAGUCGAUGCAAACCACCCUCGAUGCAGAAUCCAAAGCCCGUAAUGAAGCCCUCAGGGUGAAGAAGAAGAUGGAGGGAGACCUGAAUGAGAUGGAGAUUCAGCUGAACCAUGCAAACCGCUCGGCCACCGAGUCCCAAAAAAUGGUCCGCAACCUGCAGACACAGAUAAAGGACCUUCAGAUAGAGUUGGAUGAGGUCAUUCACAAGAAUGAAGAACUGAAGGAACAAGUUGCUGUCACUGAACGCAGGAACAACCUCUUGACUGCUGAGGUGGAGGAAUUGAGAACCCAGUUGGAGCAGAACGACCGUGCCCGCAAACUGGCUGAAUAUGAGCUCCUGGAAACCACCGAGAGAGUAAACCUUCUGCACUCCCAGAACACCUCACUGCUCAACCAGAAGAAAAAGUUGGAGAACGAUCUCAGCAUGUUGUCCACCGAAGUGGAUGACGCUGUUCAGGAGUGCCGAAAUGCAGAAGAGAAAGCCAAAAAGGCCAUUACUGAUGCUGCCAUGAUGGCAGAAGAGCUCAAGAAAGAACAAGACACAAGCUCCCACCUAGAACGCAUGAAGAAGAACAUGGAGCAAACCAUCAAGGAUCUGCAGAUGCGUCUGGAUGAGGCUGAGCAGAUUGCUUUAAAAGGGGGCAAGAAGCAAAUCCAGAAACUGGAAAGCAGGAUCAGAGACAUGGAGAGCGAACUGGAAUCGGAGCAGAAAAAAAGCAAUGAAUUCCAGAAGGGAGUUCGCAAAUACGAGCGAAGGAUCAAGGAGCUCACUUACCAGACCGAGGAGGACAGGAAGAAUAUUAGCCGCCUUCAAGAGCUUAUAGACAAGCUGCAGGCAAAAGUGAAGUCCUUCAAGAGACAAGCAGAGGAGGCAGAGGAACAAGCCAAUACAAACCUGACCAAGUAUAAGAAGAUACAACAUGACCUGGAUGAUGCUGAAGAAAGAGCCGAGAUAGCAGAGUCGCAAGUGAAUAAGCUUCGUACCCGCACCAGAGACCCGGGCAGUAAGGCCAGCCCAAAGCUUGCAGAAUGAAGAUGCAGGUACCCUCAUCCCAACAGUUUUGUGUGACUGUGACUGUGAAGUACAACUUCAUGAAAACAAGGAAUUUAAAUUUCAAAUUGUGUAUUUACUUACGGUUAAAAAAUAGCACUCUGGUUUUAGCAAAACUGUAUACAAAAUAUGCAAACUCUGUUAAUAAAGUAAAACGAGGUCUUUCAAAACUCAAGACAGCAGACGACUGGCCUGAAGUCAUCUGCUAUCUGGGAAAGGCUA